GAGCUCAGUAACGCCGGCGUGGCGAACGUCGUACGCACACGUGUACUGUAGGAGGAGGAAGAAGUGAACGACAGGAACGGGCGUCUUUUUUAAGGCGAUAAACAAACGUCAUGGGCAGCAACGGCGCGUUCGACGAUCACCAACUGGACUACUCCAGGCUGCAUUUCGACACAAACGCCAUCCAUGCCGGACAGGAGCCGGAUCAGUGGACUUCGCGCGCCGUGGUGCCUCCCAUAUCUCUGGCCACCACGUUCAAGCAACGGGCGCCAGCCGAACCUUUUCAAUUCGAGUACUCCAGGUCUGGCAACCCGACCCGCAAGUGCCUGGAAGAGUGUCUCGCAGCCCUGGAGCACGCAAAGUAUGCACUGACAUAUUCUUCGGGCCUGGCAGCCACACACAACCUGACACACCUCCUGAACAGUGGUGACCACGUCGUCAGCUUCGAUGACCUCUACGGUGGCACGAAUAGGCUGUUCAGGAACCUGCUGAUACCUAGAGGGUUCGAAGUGACAUUUGUUGAUGCCACAGACCUAAAGAGAUUCGAGGCUGCCCUAAGGCCCAACACUAAACUGGUAUGGCUGGAAACACCGAGCAAUCCAACCAUGAAAGUCGUCGACAUCAAGGGGGCCUGCGAGAUUGUCCGAAGAAAGUGCAAGGCCAUUGUCGCCGUCGACAACACCUUCAUGUCUUCCUACUUCCAGAAGCCUCUUCUGCUGGGCGCAGAUGUUUCCGUCCAUUCUCUCACAAAAUACAUGAACGGGCACUCUGAUGUGGUCAUGGGCGCCAUCUGUACAAACGACAAAGAGCUUAACGACAAACUACGAUACUUCCAAAAUGCUGCGGGUGCCGUGCCAUCGCCUUUCGAUUGCUUCCUCGUCAACCGCGGCCUGAAAACCCUGCACGUUCGCAUGGAGAAGCACAUGGAGAAUGGACUCCGCGUGGCAAAGUUUCUGGAAGCCCACCCUCUCGUAGAGAAAGUCAUUCACCCAGGUCUGCCUAGCCACCCACAGCACGAUGUGGCCAAGCGCCAGUGCUCCGGUUUCAGCGGCAUGGUGACGUUCAUGCUCAAAGGCGGCCUCAAGGAGUCAACCCUCUUCCUCAAGAAUCUCAAGAUUAUAACCCUGGCCGAAAGUCUCGGCUCCAUCGAAAGCCUCGCCGAGCUGCCAGUGACCAUGACUCAUGCGUCAGUGCCCGAGGAUCAGCGAAAAGCACUUGGCAUUACUGACAACCUGAUAAGAGUCUCGGUUGGGAUUGAAAACUGCGAUGACCUCAUCAAUGACAUCGAUCAAGCCCUUAAAAAAUCCGUAAGGUCCAUGUCUAACAGGUGACGGUGCCACUAACACCCUUCUGGAAACAUUUUUCCAAUAUCUAGUACUCGUUUUCAACAACAAAAAACUGUAAUAAAAUAAACAGAUUGCCCCAA